AAUUUGAUAUUGGAAGAACAACCGCAGACGACACUUCAUUUUCCUGUGACUUUUUUUCUCUCUCAUUUUACGUUCUAGCAAAUGAAGUGCAUCGAAGGAACUGCUCACGAUGUCGAAGGAAACGAUGAUAAUCUUUGUUUACGACCUAUCUAAGAAGGUGGAAAACGAUGACCCAACGGGCUCCAUUAUUUACUUUCAUCCGAUGUGGGUGUCGGAACUGCAGAAAAAAUCUCUCUGUGGCCAGUUGAUGGGAUCCACAUACUUUCUCGGUGAAACUCUAUCGAAAGUUCGGUUUAUUUCACUACAGAAUGGCAAAUUUGCGUUACGAUCGCAUGGACGCUUCAUGUUGGCUGUAGGAUCGGACCGCAACAUAGCAGAAUCCAUUCUUGAGUACCGGGCCAGCUUGUUGUCCUCGCUUAUUGAACUGUAUCAUGGCGAUUUCAGCACCCUGUACAGUGUUUACGUUGAAAAGGAGCAGAAAACGGGAUUUAAUGAGAAGGUGUUUUGUUUGAUGGAGUCCACUUUGCCGCUGCUGCAAUUCAAUGGCAAUAUUUUACAGAAUAUGCCCCUGCUACGACUACCAAAGUGCGCAAGUAAUGUAUACCUGGAGUCCAACCAAAUUCUUCAGAACUUCCUCCAAAACAAGGGAGUGUUAGGUGGGUCCAUAUUUUACCACAAUAAAGUACUGGCUUCACAGUUGCCGACCAACUUGACGAAACUGUUCGUGUACUCCGAUCCUUAUCGCGCGAAGCUAGCAGAAAUGAUAGCAGUCACAUUCCAUGUGCCAAACGGCGUUAGUCUCAUCAGUGCGUACAUCACAAAGCGUGACUAUACGCAGCUGCUCGAUGCGACGAAAAACAUUCCCAUUUAUUUCAACAAUUGCACCACAUCAGCAGCUUCAGCAGCUGCAGCAGCAACAUCCUCAUCCACUGGACCACCAGUACCGUUUGCCAUUAAGAAGAAGCUAAUCCCAUCGAAAGAUCUCGUCGGUAGCACGGUGGCUGGCUUUCCGAUGCUCAAGACAGACAAAUCGAUUAUUUUUUCCAACAUUCCGGAAGAAGACACUGUUGGUGGAGAGGUUGCUGGGCAAAUCUUUGAACCGGCACAGAAAAAAGUACCGUUCAGCACCGUAUCGCGGCCAACCUUUUUGCCAUUAAAGUUUAAAAAUCUCACAUCACGAGACAUCAUCGAUUCCGGUGUGAAUUCGAUCAAUUUUGACGAAUCGGACAGCUUCCCGAACUUUAUCGGUAAAACAAGCGUCUGUUCGACGCCACUGACUGAGAAUAAGAUUGUGCCAAAUAGGAACAUGAUGUCGAUAUGUGUCACGCAGGAUCAGCCGUCUGACGCACCACCGGGGGAGGAAGUGAAGGAAAAUGUGGAUAGUAAAGAGGAUGGCAUUGUUGGGCCAGUAGCGGUGGGAGAAAAUGUCAGUAUUUUAAAAUGCUUCAAUGCUAGAAAGUACAGUAUCCUCAACAAUCCUUUCAUAAUGCCAACGAAUGUUCGUUGCGCAUCAAUGUCGAAUUUAACCGGCAAAGAAAACGAUGAGUCGGAGGAAAAUUCACCCGCUGAAGCCAGCAAUAGUGAGGAGCGAGAGAUGCAAAGAAAGUAUCAACACAAGUUCCCGAAAAAUUACGACCCAUGGAAAACUGUCACCGAUCCACUGUAUCCAAUUGUGGACCAACGCAAGCGAGCCAUGUCGUACAGUUUGUUCCAAGAUUUUGAACGUACUCGCAACGAACGGAUAGCUGAACUGGUCGAACAGGAAGCAAAGCAAGAAACCAAAGGCAAAGAUAAGCCCAUCAAAAAUAGUACGAUGGAUCGCAUACCGAAAACGGUUAACAGGGUAGCCGUAAAUACUAGCGUAAAUAAAACGAAUCUAUCAUCAGAUCAAUCGGAAACCGGUGCCAUUCCGGCUACCACACCUAAAGAUCGACGUGGUCUCAGCUUACCAAUCAAAUCUUUUAAUCUUAACGAUGAGCUACCAACCGCGGCAAGGGUGGCUAGUAAUGGCACCAGCCAGGAGCUGUUUACACGCCGUAAAAGUACGCUAGAAUUAACGCCCCUUAUGUCGAAGCUAACUGUACUGGCAAUGAAUGACACCGAAUCAAGUGGCGUAUCGAGCUGGGAUACAACGCCGGGGUGCAGUUACAACAUGGCAAUUUCACCGCAAGAAUAUAUUCCGCAGCGCCGGAAAUCGCAAGACAUAUCACAAUCUGCGACGGUACAGUCAAAUGGAGGCGUGAUACCAGCAGGUGAUGACACGGCUCUAGUCAAGGUGGAUCUGUUCGUGUGCGUGCAGCAGAACAUGACAUUGAUAUUGGUCAUGCAGGAGAAAAACUGUAAAAAUCAACGGCUUGUGCAGACACUGUUUGAAUCGUGCGUGUCAAAAUUCCUGAGGAUUGAAAACGACAUUCAACUUGCCAUGAACAUUAACGUGGAUGGGUUCGAUAAGGCGGACGGGUACAGCCUGAUAGCACUCGAUACCGGUUGGGACGUGGCAAAAAAGAAUGGUCCAUGGAACGCAUUGGAGCUACAAACGGCAGAAUCUUUGCACACCUACUUCCGAAAGCGUAGUCUAGUAACGGAAGUGACGUUAAAAUCGCAGGAAACCGUUCUGUACGGGUACCAGUGUGGCAUGCGGGAACUAUUUUACACGCAGAUCGCAAACGCGCAGGGCGGUUUGCCUCCGCCGCAGGAUGUAAUGGGUGCGGUUCCGCUGUGUGCAAAACGUCGCAUCGAGCGGGAUCAUUUUGCGUUGUUACUUUAAAGUGCACAGCACUGUGCAUAAUAAUCAUCAUACUACAUACUACAUA